ACAUGUCGAAGUAGAGGGGCGGAGACCCACGAAAAAGACGGAUGAUCAUUUUGGUAAUUAAAUAUCGGUAAUAUGGGUAAUUCCAGUUUCACAAUCGUCACGAUGUUGCAAAGCUUCAGAGACAUUAUGUAUAAGUCCCGUGUUUACCCAGGCAGCGACUCCUCGCUGACACGAGACAGCGGAUCCGAGAGCACGCCGUUACUCUCCUCGGAAUCCCGCACGAGCCCGGAACCGACGAUAUUCGACAAUUCGGAAACGAGUGACUUAGAUUACCCGAGCCCGGCCGGCUGCCCUAUCAUAUAUGGGAGCGUAGACAACGCCGGUUAUAAAACGAUUCUAGCUGUACCAAAGAAGUCAUUCUCCUCAAAGUUGGAUAAAGAGUUACUCGUUUCCACAAUGGUGACCCCGUCUUGCAUAGUAAAUUUCGAUCACGGAAAAAAUUACGAGCCGUGCAACGUGGAUUUGAUAUUAACGAACGAAAAUUUCAACGCAAAAACGCACGAGAUAGACUUUAAGCCUGGACCCCUGCCAUUUCAAUCCGAGAUGGUGCAGGCUUCGUGCAAGGAUCUCAAGCCGAAGCAGAGCUCGCUGGUUACCAUAUUUUCAAUAUGGAAUACAAUACUAGGCUCGUCGUUACUAACGAUGCCGUGGGGAAUUGUGAUGGCCGGAUUCUUUCCUGGGAUCAUCCUCAAUCUGCUGAUGAGCGGUUUAUGCUUGUACACUGCUUAUCGUCUCGUAGUUGCACACGCAUAUCAUGGUGGUGGAGCAAACGUAGAAGUCUUAGACUUGUGCCGGAUAUAUCUCGGCAAAUGGGCGGAACAUAUUGCUAGAAUUUUUAGUAUUGCCGUAUUGCUGGGUGCAACUAUAGCUUACUGGAUAUUAAUGGCCAACUUCCUUUACAAUAGCGUCAAUUUUAUUUAUGAUAACAUAGGUGGCUGGUCGGUGCAUCCUGUAUCUGAGAACAUUUCAUAUAAAGAAGUUCUGUGUCCGAAAGAGAUCCGAGACAAUAAUACCAUUGUGACCUAUGAGAAAACGUUCGAUGCGUUGGGACCAGCGUGGGAUCAGCGCAACACAGUGCCCAUGUUUUUGGCUCUACUUAUAUUUCCCUUCUUAAAUUUUAACAGUACGACAUUUUUCACGAAGUUUAAUUCCCUCGGAACGGUGUCAGUUAUGUACUUGAUUAUCUUCGUUGUGAUAAAAUCAGCGUCAUGGGGCAUCAACAUGGACCAAGUCGAAUGGGAAACGAGUUGGGUGAUACGGCCCACAUUUCCAGCGCUUUCCGGGUUGCUGGCAAUGUCAUUUUUCAUCCACAAUAUCGUAGUCAACAUAAUGCAGAAUAAUCGUUACCAAGAAAAUAACGGAAGAGAUUUAACCAUAGCAUAUAUUCUCGUCACAUUUACUUAUAUCAUCGUUGGAGUAUCGUUUUUCAUGUGCUUCCCAUUGCCCAAAUCGUGCAUAGAAGAUAAUCUAUUGAAUAAUUUUCAAAAGUGGGAUGGCCUGACGCUAAGCGCUCGUAUAGUGCUACUCUUCCAACUGCUAACUGUCUAUCCUUUACUCGCAUACAUGCUGCGUAUCCAGUUGUUCUCAUGGAUAUGCAAAGGAGUAUCCAAUACAUGCUUGGUGCUCUUCAUUAAUCUCAUAUUAGUCUCUAUAUGUAUCAUUUUCGCGACGUUUGUUCCUCAUAUCGGGACUAUCGUUAGGUACACCGGCGCUUUAAGCGGACUCAUCUACGUUUUCACUUUCCCAAAUUUAUUGCAUUUAUCCAUUUUGAAGAAGGAAGGAAAAUUAAACGUGUGUUCGAUAUUAUUCCAUUUAAGUAUACCUAUUAUUGGGCUUUUAAAUCUCAUUGCUCAGUUCUUUAUCACGGAUCGUUAAUCGUAUAAUUAAACUCGUGUAGACUGUGCAUUUAUAUGAUACUUAGUAUUUUGUGAAUACAAUUGAAUGUGCAUCGUUAUGCAUUUUAAGAGAAUCCUAUAGUGUUCAACAAUUACAUUACUAAAGUAGAUUUAAAUACAACAGCGAUUGAGAAGCGUUAGGCAAAUUAUUGCAAAAUGCAAUUUAUUGCAUGGAGUUAUAAGAAGAAAAUUUUACACGAAACAAAAAGUGUAUUUAAAAUUUAAAACAGCAUAAUAGAGAUUAUGUAAGGCAGCUGUUUUGUAAACGCAAUAACAUAAUUUAUUUAAUUACGUGAUACAAUAUAAUUUAGAAUAAUAUUUUGAAAAAAUAGACUUAUUUUCUUAUUGUAACUAUGAAGACCUUUAAUGUUGUAUGUCUUUUGUAUUUCAAUAAACAUACAUAGUAUUAAAAGUA